AUGAAUAUGGACCAUCUAAUAGGGCAGCGCUUCUCGCUCAUCUCAAAGAGUGAGAUUCGCUAUGUCGGUACCCUACACCAGAUCAAUCCUGAAGAAGCUACAAUAGCUCUCGAGGACGUUUUAUCCUAUGGCACCGAGUCGCGCCGAGUCGAAAAUUUCGUACCUCCAUCACAACAAAAGUUCGACUUCAUCGUCUUUCGAGGCAGCGAUGUCAAAGACAUCAAGGUCGUCGAAGAGGAAGAGUCGAAGCAACCGACACCUCCAAAUGUACCCAACGAUCCUGCUAUCUUGAAUUCCUCGCGCCCGGGGCCUCAAGGGCCACCUCCGCAGCAAGGACCCCCACAAGACCGUCGCGAGUCUCCAUACCCUCCUCCAGGCUAUCCUCAGCAGUAUGGCUAUCCUCCUCACUACCCUCAGCAGUUCGGACGCGGGUACGGGCCUCCUCCGCCAGGAGCUUUCGGUCCAGGUCCUGGGUUCCCUCCCUAUGGAGGCCCUCCCCCACCAGGCUACUUCGGCCCCCCAGGUCAAGGAUUCCCAGGUCAAGGUCAGUUCCAAGGGCCUCCGCCCCCUCAGCCUAUAGGACCUCCAGGUCAUCGAAAUGGCCCUCCACCACCACAAGAUGUGCAACCUCCUGGCCCGCCCCAAGGCACUCAACCUACUUCAGAACUACCAGUCGACAACAAAUCUACAUCACAGCCUGACAUGAAGAACACUCCACCACCUCCUGCAGAAGCCAAAGCGCCUGCACAAGGGCCCCCCUCUGCUCCUACUGGGCCUAGGGCUGCCCCUACACAGCCCAAGGGUAAGGUCGCCCCGGCUGUUCCUUUCACUGUCAAUCAGAAGUCCUUCACACCACCUGUACAAACAGAAGCCGCUGCUGCUCAACCUGCCGCAAAGCCGUCGCAGACAAAGGCCGAAAUGGAUGCUGCCACUUUGAAAGCUAAACAAGCCGUGCAAGAGGCGUUGGCCAAGUUGCCCGGUUCUAAUGCACCCAAGCCUGCUCCUCUUCCAACAGCAGCCUCAAUUGAUACUCUAGCCCAGAAAAUGAGUGAGAUGGGGCCUACCACCAACGGUACAGCUCGAGGGAGAGGUGGUAAUCGGGGUUCGCGCGGUAGUCUUCCCCGCGGCGGCUCCAAUGCGCAAGCUGGACGCAAGAUCGAGAUUCCUAAAUCAGACUACGAUUUCGAGUCUGCGAACAAGAAGUUCAACAAGGAGGAUCUGAUCAAAGAAGCCAUCGCAAGUGGAUCUCCAGCUGGCGAAGACACACCCAAUGAUGGCAUCGAAGAGCCGACAUCUGACGGGCUCGAACGCAGUAACAGCAAUGCUGCUACCACCAAGGCAUACAACAAGUCGACCUCAUUCUUUGAUAACAUUUCAAGUGAAGCACGUGACAGAGAAGAGAAUACCGAUGCACGACCCCAUGCUCGCCACACCCGGGCGGAUGAAUUCAAGAAGAACGUUGACACUUUUGGACAAGGAAAUGUUGACGGCGGAUACCGUGGCCGUGGCCGAGGAGGCUAUCGUGGCCGACAGUACGGAGGCAAUCGUGGUUACAGAGGUGGCUACAACCGCGGCUAUGGUGGACGAGGUGGACGAGGGGCCCAAGGUCAGGCUCAGGCUGACCCUCAGGCCCCCCCUGCCAUACAGUCUUAG